AGGAAGGCGGAAACCACAGGCAUAAUACAUAAACACUGUACACAUGCACCCAGUUAUUUCCAGGAUACUCAAAGAAUAAUACAAAUUGCCCGACCCAGUACAACACCCGAGCAGUCUGUGUAGUCUACACACUCCGCUGAAUGUGUUCUCCGUUAACUCUUGGUCGACCCGAUUGUUUGGAAGAUGAACGAGGACAACCGGCUGCGGAGUCUGAUGUUCACCAUGACCUACAUGCUGAUGAAGCGCAGAAGAGAUGUCAACAACAUCAACAUUCAGAGACGCAAUGAAAUCCAGAGACGUGUUCGCCACCGUCAGUACUUCUUGCAGCGACAGAAGAGGAUGUUAAUGAUGAUGACGGCGGUGGGAGGCUUCAGCUCCACCGUCGGCAUGCGCACGCGCCCCUGGACCACCACGCGUUCCACCGAUUGGUGGGAGCGCGUGAUGACCCAGAACGAGUUCCAGCCCUCGGAUUGGCUGGACAAGUUCCGCAUGAGCCGCGAGACGUUCUUCCACCUGUGCGACGAGCUGCGCCCACGGCUCACGCGGCAGGACACCAGCCUGCGGCGGGCGCUGCCCGUGGAGAAGCGGGUGGCGUUGGCGCUGUGGCGGCUGGCCGCCAACGCGGAGUACCGCGUCAUCGGCGCGCUGUUCGGCGUCGGCAAGUCCACCGUGUGCUGCUGCGUGCGGGACCUGUGCCACGCCCUCGCCGCGCUGCUGAAGCCCGCCUACCUGCGCGCCCCCGGUGGCGGGGAGCUGCGGGACUCCGCCCGGGCGUUCCUGUCCCGUGCGGGGUUCCCCCACUGCGCGAGCGUGGUGGCAACGCUGCACACCGCCAUCCUCACGCCGUCCGCCAACACCGCAGACUACUGCAACCCUGAGGGAUGGAUGUCCGUUCUGACCCAGGUGUCCGUCAAUGGCCUGGGACAGUUCUGGGACGUCUGUGGGAGCUUCCCAGGUGGGACGGACCCGGCAGAGAUCCUGCAGUGCUCCAGGCUAUGGUCCUCCGCCUCGGAGGGCGGGCUGUCCCCGGACCCCCCUCCCCCCUUCAUGGGACGUCCGCUGAGGUACGUCCUCCUGGGAGACGGCAGCCACCCUCUCCAGCCCUGGCUCCUCACGGCCUACCCCGAGGGCCCCGCCGCCCUCCCCGGACCCCAGCGCCUCUUCAACCGGCGGGUGGCGGAGGCCCGUGGCGUGGCGGCGUCGGCCCUGCGGCGGCUCCGGGCCCGCUGGCAGUGCCUGGCCAAGAGGAACGACUGCCGGCUGGACCUCCUGCCCACCAUGGUGCUGGCCUGCUGCAUCCUACACAACGUGUGCGAGGCCCGCGGCGACGCCUUCCGCCCCGAGUGGCAGGAGGAGGCCGCCCGCGUCGAGCCCAGCCAGCCCGCCAUCCCCCGGGGGGGCGAGGGGCCAGAGCGGGGGGAGGCGGAGGAGGUCCGGAGACUCUUCUGUGACUAUUUCCAACAGCAGGAGUGACUCCUUAACGUUGUACCUUUGUUAUCACUCGCUGGGCUUUACGUCCCGCUACGGCGACGGGAGCUGUUGGAUGUGGGAGAUCUUCGUCCCAAAGCUGUGUUUGAAUUAUGGAGAAUCUUCCAUGGAAAUGGAGUAGGGCUUUUAUUCGAUAUUUCAUAUUUUAACAUGAAACAUUUCAAUGAAAACGUUGUGAAUGAAAUGUCGGUGGUCUUAUUCUGUUAUGUAAAUCCUCUUUGUAUGUAUUUGUCUUUCAUUCCUUUCAUGCGUUAUGCAACUUUUCAAAGCAGUGGUACUCGAAGGUUAUGGAUGGACUGGGUAAUUGCAAUUUUUUUUAAUCUCUUUUAUAAAGCCUCACUAUGCACACAUUCAUUUACAAGUGCUCUGUAUGGUUCCCAAAAGUGUAGACUGCCUAUAAUGUACAAGCUGGUUGCUAUGUUAAAGACCCAGGCGUUAGCACAGCCCUUCUGUGAAAGGGUUAAGAUUACGUUGAACUUGGGCUACUGAGUUUACUGAUUCCUUUUUAAUUACUUCAAUGGUUCAACCCUUUCAGGUGUCUUUCUGGUGCUAUUUCUUACAGUAAAUUGAUGUCCUUUCAAAUACUUAUAUGAAAGGAAACAAAUGUAUUAUCUAUAAUAUCAAUAUACAAGUAUAUUGUUAUAAGUAUACGUACUAACUGAGGUUUAUUUUGGCUUGGUGUCACAUGCCUCAAAUGAUUGACCCGAUAGUUUCAAGAUUGCAAUACCUUAUCAGAUACUAGGCAGGUUUAUGGUAUGCCAACAGUUAACUGUUAUGACUCAACCGUUAUAACUGUUGAUACACUUGAGUGAGCACAUGCAAUUAUACUCCAUGGCCAAGAGAUGUCACUGGCUAUACAAUAUCUGGAAAUAGACCUAAAAUAGACAGUAGUACGACAUAAUUUCAUGGAUGCUUCUUUCACGUCGUUCUGUGUGCGUUAGUGUUGAUUGAUAAUAAUAUAUAAUGUAGAUAAAAUAUUUUUCGAAACUUU